CCCUCGCGAUCCUCGUCAACGCUCUCAGGGGUCAGGCGCAGCCCACAGAUCUACGCAUAUAUCCGCGCCCGCUUAUACACGCACCGCGGCUCGCUCGUUUCAUUUUUUGAUUCUUCACCGGCUUUGCCCCCUUCACCACUCGAACCUCCUCCCGUAUAUGCUUUCCUUCCCUGCCCUUCCCUUCCUUCGCCGCAAAGUUUCCUAUUGAGAGAGAGAAUCAGGGGAAAAUGAAGCUGGUGUGGUGUCCGGAGAUGGCGUCCAAGGCCUACAUCGACGGCGUCAGGGCGCUCGCCGCCCACAACGACCUGACCGGUUCGACGGAGGUCGCCGAGCUCGUCGCCGCCAUGGCCGGCGGCUGGAACGCGCAGCUCGUCGUCGAGGCGCCGGGCGUAUCGUCGGCGCAGCCGUCCUCCUCGUCUUCCCCGCCGCCCGCCACGAGCGUCGCGCUCGCCGCAGCCGCGCGGCGCACUGGCGGGCGCUACGCCAGCGUGCUCCCGGAGGGUGACGUCGACUCCACGUCCGCGCCCGCGGUCUACGCCGGCUUCGUCGGCCCGGAGGAGGAUGCGGACGCCGGAGCGGAGUCACAGACGGUCGUCGUGGGCGGCGACGCGGACGAGGCGAUGGCGCAGCUGGAGGACGUGAACCUGCUGGUGAUCGACGCGCGGCGGCAGGACGAGGCGGCCGUGCUGCGGGCGGCCAGACCCGGAGCCAGGGGCAUGCUGGUGGUACGCCACGGAGACGGUUGGCCACGCGGCGGCACGCCUCUGGCCACGGCAUCAUCCAUGGCGGCUGGGACCAGGCUCGUGCGCUCCGUCUACCUGCCCAUCGGCAUCGGGAAGGGGCCUAGUCAUCUGCAUAGCCGGUGCGGCCGCAAGGGGAACGGCCGUUGGAUCCGGCACGUCAACCACGACACGGGCGAGGAGCAUGUCUUCCGGCGGCAGUAGCUGAUCCGUCCUUCGAUCUGCAUGCGCCACCGUCUAGGUGCAUCAAAGUCAACAAAAAGUUCAUAACUCGCAACACGCAUGGGUGUUUUUGUUAGAUUCGUUGAAUCUGCCCGCUAUAGUGAUUCGAUUAUAUGAGAUGGGUGCUGUUGAUGAUCAAAAUUGACAAAGACUAGAGAGACCGGUCUAACCGGUGCUCACGAGCGGUUUGACCGGUCUGGGCCUUGUCGAUCCGGUCUGACUGGUAGAUCCGACCGGUCAGAUUUGUCUAGCAGGAGUCUGAGUACAAUUAGGUUUUUUCAUA